UGCAUUUAAACUUUAUAAAAAAACUUUUUAUUGCGUUUAAAGAUUUAACCUCACACUGUAGAAAUAUAGGAUCAUGCAUGACUUUCGUUAAAUAUGAUACAUAUAAGUCAACAAAUAUAAUAUAUCACAAAGGUUAUAAAUAUUUUCAAAAUGGAGAAGGACAAGAAAUUGUUAAUUUUCUGUGUUCUGUUCGCUAUUGCAGUUACAUCAUGUUGUGGACGAUUCAGAGGAAGAUUUCGGAGCGGUUAUUAUAGAGCGGGAUACUACUACAGUUCCUAUGGCAGCGGGACAUCGACUGGAACUAUAGUUGGAGCUGCGAUCGGCGGAAUCGUAGGUAUAGUCGGUUUGAUUGUAGUUAUCUGCGUCAUAAGAGCGGUGUGUUGCAAACCAAAACAACGACCAAGAAAUACUGGACAAAUGACCACUUGGUCUUCAAAUGUGCCACAAACAUACGCACCACCGCCAUAUUCAGCCAACAACACGCCAUACAAGACUGGGAUUGACUACAAUAUCAAAGAUUCAACAAACUAUCCACAAAACAUGCAAUAUACUACCAACUCGACACCAGAACAACCACCACCUCCUUACCCAACAUCGCCACCUUACCCAACAUCGCCACCAUAUCCGGAUGCAAUCAACAAUUAUCCGAUGCAACCGUAUCCUUCAAACGAUACUGCAUUCGCACAGGAUCUUCCUGCGCAGCCGCUGUCAAAUUUGUAUGAAUCUAAAAUGUCUUAUGACAACCAAGGCAUGAAGUGAUUACUUAAAACAAUAUAUAUGUAUAAGAACAAUGACAGGAUUGAAAGACUGUUAAAGAGAGACAUUUUUUGGGGAAAUUAGUGUUUCCUGUAAAACCAUUUUUUAAUGAGUUUUUUUUUUAAACAUUUUGAACUGAGUAUACAGAGAUCUGGUCGCAUGGUAUAUGAAUUAAGGUAUACCAGAAGUUUUCAUUAUUAUCAUUAUUCUAUUUGACUAGAAAAUGUAUAUUUAGUUGAAUACAAGAAUGUGUUUUGUUAGUAAUCUAACACACAAUAUGUUAACAUAUACAAUGAUAGUCAGUAGUCAACAAUGGAUAAACAUUCACUUAUAGACCGAAACUGGUAACUUUACCAUAACACAUUAGUUCUUAUCCCUCUUAUUUUGGAGGGGUUCGUAUUUUCAAUCUAGUAUUUUUAUGUUGUGUUUUGUAGACAGUUUUAUUUUGUUUUUGUUAUGGUUUUGUCCGUCUUUCUCAAUACUUGAAUGUGUUUUGAUGACCUUGAAUACCUUAUUUCUCUUUUUACGCAAUAUAAAUCACAGUUUUGAUUCAUCAUAUACAUACAUUAAAGCAGUUGAAAGUAAAAUUAUAUAUUUUAUUAUUAGGUAAACAUAAUCACUUAAAAAGAACAUAAACAAUUGAAAAUAUAUUCAUUUAAUAGUAAUAUCCGUGAAGAUGCCUGUGACAGUUAAAAAUAUGUAAAUAUAUAAUGUCUUACAAACCAUAAAAGCACUUAUACAGUACUGAAAUAUGUCGCUUUUGAGUACGUUCUAUAAAAACAGAAUAAGCUCUAAAUCUAAAAUAGUUUCAUAUUAAACGAAACAAUUCAGAACACAUUCCAAAUGUGUGCCCAUAACUUUAUAUGUUGACAAUCUUAUUAAAGAAAAGAAUGACAGAAUGUUGUGUUGUUAUGUUUCAAAAUCUUCAGUAAAAAGGAUUCUACGGUAGUUUGCCGUUUAUAAGUGUUCUCACGGCAACUAUUUAGAAGUAAAACCAUUUUAUUUCAUUUUGAUAGCAUGCUGCGUAUUCCAUCUUUAAUAG